GAGUUCUAUAUAAUGGGGAGGCCUCUAGUGGUAUGAAUAUUAAAAGCCCUCAAGCUCCAUGUACAUGGGAUCAUCAUCAGGUAGCUUAAGCAUGAAGGUGCAUCAAUUCACACGUGGAUUCUUAGAGCAUGAAGCUGCUGCUCCUUCACUUACACUUGGUUGUAAACGUUUAAGACCACUUGCUCCUAAGAUUAACACAACCAAUAAUGAUACCCCAUCCACCAUUGUUACUCCUCCUUUUGAUCUUAAGAGUUUCAUUAGGCCUGAAAGUAGCACUAGCCCUCCUAAACUUGCUUUCAAUGAAGACAAGAAUUCCUCUCAGGUGGAGUCGCACCCAGGAGGAACGAGAUGGAAUCCAACACAAGAACAGAUAGGGAUACUGGAAAUGCUGUAUAGAGGCGGAAUGCGCACACCAAACGCGCAGCAAAUCGAACAAAUUACAGCACAGUUAGGGAAAUAUGGGAAAAUAGAAGGAAAAAAUGUGUUCUAUUGGUUUCAAAACCAUAAAGCCCGUGAAAGACAAAAGCAGAAGAGGAAUAGUCUUGGCCUUAGCCAAAGUCCAAGAACACCACCAGCCAUCGUCACUAGUCCUUUGUCAUUUGACACCAGGGGAGAAGUAGUGAGGGAGGAAGAUAGUCCAUACAAGAGAAAGUGCAGGGGAUGGACAUUUGAAUACAUGGAGGAAGAACAACAACAUCGACAAGAAGAAGAAAAUAUAAAUUGUAGAGAAACUGGUGAUAGGACUCUUCAACUCUUCCCAUUGCAUCCAGAAGGCAUGAGAUGAUAAAUUCAUCAGAAGAAUAUUCUUUUUUAAUUAUGAUCUGACUAGCUAAUCUUUUUUCUUAUUUUCGUUAUCUUUAAUUUUACUUUCUUCAUUUUGCAUGCUUUGUUUCCUUUUCUUUCUUUCUUUCCUUGUUUUGGGAAAGAGAAAAGAGAAAAGAGAGACAUAUGAAUCAUCAAAUCUAUGUAGUACCAAAUCCCUCCUCUUGGAUUCUGGGCAUUCUAGUGACUUAUUCCUGACCUAAAAUACCCUAUCUCUUAUGUCUCAUCGGAAAUGCUGCAAAAAUAAUCUGUUCUUUUCUCUUUUU